UGUGUAGGCGGAGAGUUUUGUCAAAUCUUUUCCGAUGAAUUCAGUCUGGCUCUGGAUAGGCGGGAUUUAGAGGAUUAAGGUGAGUCAGGAUUGCAAAACCCCGGAGGAUAAUCGACCCACCCUGCCAGGUUCAGACGUGUGGACAAAUGUUUUAGAUAAGGCAAAGGACACCAGACUCGGAUUGAGACAUGGGCGAGACAGCUGACAGGGAACAUGGGAUUGUUACAAGAUCUGCUGAGUACAUUGGCUCAUUUCCUGUGGAUGACAGUUGUUUGGAUGAUCAGAUUCAGCAGCUGCACUCUCAGCUGAAGUCUUUCAAGAACUGCAAGAGCAAGCGAACGGUCUCAUUGAGAUUCUCUGUCAAGGGAGUCAAAGUUUAUGAUGAAGAUGAAAUGACACUCCUCAUGGCUCACGCCAUGUGUCGAGUCUCGCUGUCCACCGCCCGUCCGUCUGAUGCCCAGUUUGCCUUUGUCUCCCAUAAUCCUGGAAAUUCUGAUGCCCAGCUCUAUUGCCACCUCUUCAAAGCCAGACAUGCCCGAGCUGCCCAGUUCCUGAACCUGCUGCUUUGUCGCUGUUUUCAACUGUAUUUUCUGGAGAGGCACCCAGAGGAAGCACAGGAUGAGUGUUCAGGAAAGAAACCAACUCGAACGCCGUCGUUGCUUAAUCAAGGAUUCCCUCUCAGUGUUAGCGCCUUGGUGUCUUUUCGCAGGGCCCCAACUCAAGGUCUACUACCGGGGGCAAAGGUGUUCUCGCAGCCAAGCACUGAGCAAGUCAGCAGUCCUGAAGAGGGCCCCACUUCCUCUCCAACGCUAGUUCGUAAACGGGCGAUUCGAACAAAAGAGCUGCGCUCCGGAGCGUAUCGCUCUUUUACAUUUACUCCCCUCAAACAGCGCCACCUGCAGGAUAAACUAAGUGCACGACAAGAAAAGGAACAGGCCAGUGCAAAAGCAUGCAACUCUCGAGCUCCCAGUUUAGCCGAGACCGAAGAAGCUCUGGCUCAAGCUGUGUGGUGUUGGGCUGGCGUGUCUAGCGACUGUAGUUCCUCACUACUGGCAGAUGAUGUUUUGGGUGCCUUCCUGCUAUGUCCUCAUCCCAAAAAGCCCAACCGUGUGUCUCUUAUAGUCCGCUUUCCCUCAGGACUGAUUACUCAUGCUGUUAAGAAUUCCAAGGGGAAGUUCCGCCUUGAGAAAUGCCACAUUGACUUUGAAAGCCUUCCUGCAUUGAUCGAGCACUACACAGAGUUCAGUGAGGAGCUGGAAUGUUCUCUGAGCUGGGCCCGGGUCAACCACUGCUAUGACUGGGAAGAGAUUGUGAAGAAGAGUUCACGUUCACUGCAGGAUAACAAGAAAGGCAUAUUCAAAAGUCAAAGUUGGGUUUGAAUCCUGUUUUUUUUUAAUGCACUUUUUAAAAUAUUUUUUAAAACUUUUUUUUUUUUUUUUUUUACUUGGUCCUAAACUUUACAGAGCUGCUGACAUUGUUAACCAUCCUAACUAGGAUCUUAAGUCACUGGCACACUUUUUUGAUAUUUUGAAUGGACACUCCUGUUUUGCCUGUUGGCAAUAACCUUAACCCACCUAAAGCACUCACGUUUUUGCUUUGAAUUUCUUUUCUAGGGAAACAAAAGCACUUAUGGUUUUCCUGUAAAUGUCAGAUUUAAAUGUAACCUUGAUAACUUUUGCAAAGGUGCAGACUAUAUUUGUUUUAUGUACCAUGUAUUAUGUCUUUUAAAUCCUGUGUUGUAUGUGUUUAUAUUGCUUUAGGUCUUUUUUUACUCUCUCUGUUGUAUAUUACCAUCAGUUUUAUCGAGAGCUUUUUAGUGAUAACCUAAACAUCAACUGAAUGAUUUUGGUUUUUUUUUAUUUGGCUGGCUUUGCUGCCCUAAUGUUUUGUAACUCUUGCACAUUGCACCUUGUAAGUGCACACAUUUUCUGUUAUUAUCUUAGCACCAAUGUAAACUAAGUGUCUUGCCACUUUGCAUAAAUAGAUUAUACAGUCA